GCGUUUCCAACAAUUCCAGCAGAGCGGAAGUAGAGUCCCGCGGAGCCGCACAUCAACAGGACGAGUACAAAUCUGCGAUGAGUUUUGAGUGGCCCUGGCAGUAUAACUUUCCUCCAUUUUUUACAUUACAGCCAAAUGUUGACACGAGACAGAAGCAGCUGGCGGCGUGGUGUUCGCUGGUUCUGUCCUUCUGCCGUCACCGGAAACUCUACACUCUGGACGUCCUCGAGGCGCAGGAAAGCCCAGUCUUCAACAACAAGAAAAUUGAGAGAAAACUUUCAGUUGAAGCCAUACAAGUAGUUUUUGAAGAACUGAGAAAAAAAGGAAACCUGGAAUGGUUGGACAAAAGUAAAUCACGAUGUCUUAUAAUGUGGAGGAGACCAGAGGAGUGGGGCAAACUCAUUUAUCAAUGGGUUUCCAAAAAUGGCAUGGUCAACUCCGUGUUUACACUUUAUGAACUCUCUAAUGGAGAUGACACAGAAAAAGAAGGACAUCCAAGAUGAAAAUCAGUCACUUGCCCAGAAUGCUCACCAGUGGAUGCUCUGCAGUGAAUGGGUGC